AUGGCUGCAGAGAAGCAGCGUCGGGACGUGCCCGUGCUCGUGUACGAGCCACACCACGAGAGCUACAGACCCGAGCCCUGCGCGCCGGGCUUCGGCCAGGAGGGGGGCUAUGAGUACCCUUCUCCCCCACCCUACUCCUACCGAGAAACCACCGUCGUGGAGGAGCCCGUUUAUUUGGUGCCCCAGCCUCCCAUCAUUGUGGCAGGGAUCUUCUCCAGCAAACCAACAUCCACAAUCUGUCCUUCCUGCCGCCAGCACAUCACCACCCAGGUCACCUACAGACUGGGCAAGCUGUCCUACCUCCUGUGCACCAGCCUGUGCAUGGUUGGGUGCUGCUUUGGAUGCUGCUUCGUCCCUCUCUUUGUGAAGAUCUUCAAGGAUGCAGAUCACUACUGCCCCUGCUGCCAUUUUCACAUUUAUAGAUACAAAAGACUAUAG